AUGGCGAGUGCUAGAGUCGUAUUGGAGUUCCAGAAAAAUUCAGGCAGUUGGGCCAAGGUUGUUGAAGAAGUGGUGAAGAUGGAGAGGAAGAUAGUCCCGAAGCACGAAUCACUCGCCAGAUCAUUCGACGAAGAGAUCAGGAAGAAAAAUUCUGGGCUGCUCUACAUAGAAAUCAACGGCGAGGUUGUGGGCUACGCCAUGUAUUCUUGGCUUUCUUCUCUGUCCGCUUCCAUCACCAAGCUCUACCCACCACAACACUCGCGCCGCAACUCCUCUGGCCGAGAACAACCAGAAAAACGAAAAAUAAAGAAGAAAGAAAAAAAAAAAAAAAAAAGAAAAAAAAAAGGAAAAAAAGCUCGCGGCCCAGUUCGCGUCCCGACCCAACUCACAUCAUACCCGCGCCAGCAACUUCGCCCGCUUCAGUUUGUCACUAGCGCGGCCCAAUAUUUCGCUGCCACCUCCAUUCUGCUCCGCAAGACCCGACCUUUGAAGCCCAAGUCUCCCGCCAGGUAUUAA